AUGUCUCCGACGACACAGGAAGAAAUACGCGAAAUGAAGCAGAUUCCCUACCAGGAGGCAGUAGGCUGUCUCACCUAUCUGGCGCAGGCAACGCGUCCCGAUAUAAGUUUCGCUGUUAAUCAAGUCAGCAAAUUCAACGCGAAUCCUGGACGUAAUCACUGGACAGCGGUCAAGCGUAUCAUACGCUAUCUGCGAGGAACACGUUCAAAUCGCCUAACAUAUUCAAAGGAGAAUUGCACGUAUCUAGUCGGUUUUACAGAUGCUGAUUGGGGAGGAGAACCGGACUCUAGAAAAUCCACUACAGGAUACGUUUUCACGUUCAUGGGAGGAGCUGUAUCAUGGAACGUCAAAAGGCAACCAACAGUUGCAUUGUCUUCGUGCGAAGCAGAAUACAUCGCUCUGUCCCGAACAUUACAGGAAGCACUUUGGUGGCAUCAGUUCCAGUCACAGAUUUUCGGAGUGCAAAAGAUUCCCAUUCGAUGUGAUAAUCAAUCAGCAAUCUGUAUCGCGCAGAACCAAGGUUAUAAUCCACGGACAAAGCAUCUAGAUAUCAAGUAUCACUUCGUCCGAGAUGUCCUAGAUCAGGGAGUAGUCGAGCUGGGAUACGUGAACACAAAACAGCAACCUGCAGAUGGGUUCACAAAGGCUCUGGCUAAUCAGAAGUUAAAAGAAAAUAUAAAGUUAAUUGGAUUCGUUGCUUAG